AUGGAAAAUUUACCUUCGGAAUUUCUGAUACAAGUAUAUACUUACAAUAAAACCCCCAUUUCACUUAUCCUUGUUAACAAACACAUUUAUAAAUUAUUUACGAGUCCACUUGCAAAAGCCAAAUGGGCUUUAGGAACCUUUGGAAAAACUCAUGCAUUGUUUCAUGCAAUUCGACUGGGAAAAACUUUUAUUACGGUUGAUGUUAUAAAAGCAUUGUUAAAAUUAAAAGCAAAUUUUUCAAGAUACCUUGUGCAAAUAUGUUUUGCGGAAAGAUCGACACAACAGACCGAAUGUAAUGUUCUUUGUGGAAUAUAUCCAAAAAUAUCAUGGUUCUCCGAAAUGUCAUUAGAAGCAUAUAUAACUUUAAUUAACGAGGGUACAUCUAGAUUUGGAACCGAUGCGCAUCUAAAUACAAAUGAUGCCAAAAUGUUUAGUUUUUUGAGCGGUCAAUUACUACCUGAUGAUCAAGCAUCAAUAUUAAUCAAAAAGAAUUUGAAAGUAAUCGAAGACCUAAUUGUGAAUAAAGAAUUUACACCAUUUCCUCCAAGGCCAAAAGUCUCAAAUGACAAGAAAAAUAUUUUAGCAAGAGAUGAUAGUGAAUUUCGCAUGGUUGCAAGAGCCAUCAUAUUAGAACCCAAAAUUUUGCAUAUGUGGAAAAGAAUAGGUUAUGACAUUCGCAAAGAUGUUAAUGAUUUGGUAAUGCAAGGCUGUAUUCUAAAACUUUUACCACGAAAUCCUCCUAUCGGUUGGCAUAAUCCGGAUAAAAAAGAUGUUAUAAACCGAUUGAAUACUUUCAUAAGCAUCGGAUUCAAAUUAACCAAAUCUUCGAUGGUUGAUAUUUUACAUCUUUAUGAAAAUCAACCUAGAAUCUGUGGUUCCAUUUUGAUGGAAUCUUUUCGUGAAGUUAGGAAAGAAUCAAAAUUUGUCACUGAGCAAAAAUGCUUAAUUGAAAUUACUCGGAUUGACAGAAGAAUAAAUUAUAAAGUAUUGGAUUUUUUGAAACAUAAAGGAACGUCAGAAUUAGAAUUUUUAUUUUUAAAAACAUUCAUUUAUCAUUUUUUUACAACAGACAUUAAAAAAGAAUUUGACAAUUUGGAGACUUCAUUUAUUAAAGAUGAACAAGUAAAAUCGUCCAAUAAAAACAACAGCAAUGACAAUCAACAUUUAUUUGUAUAUGAUUUUAAAAAAGAAACUUUUACUGACAUGUUGAAGAAUUACAUAAGUUCAUGUAUCAAAAAACCAACUGAUGGACUUACUCUAAAAAUUUUCCAUUUGAAGAUGUUAAGAAAAUCAAACAACUUAUCCACAUUAAAGCCAUUUUUUGGAAUAUUUUUACCAACCGUUUUUAACAUAAAACCAACAUUUCAAUAUGAACAAAAUUAUAGUAAUCAAUUAGAUCCUGGGAAAUGGUUUCGUGAAUUAGAGAAAGAACACAAUAAUACAUCAAAAGCCACUACUUCUAGUGAUACUUUUAUCAAUUUAUUCAAUAUGUUCUGGAAGCGUAUUAAUGAAGAAACAUCAUUAUUAAACUUGUCAGAAAAGUAG